UGAUUCUGAGAACAUAUUAAAUUCACUGAAAUAUCAAACGGGCCUUUUAGCUCAUUCAGUUUAUGUUGCCGGUCUGGAUUUCAGAUUAUCUUUGACAAAUUCCAUAUGUGCUACGGUAACAUGGCAAUAGAAGGGCAGUUAAUCUCUACAGUCACCAUACAUGCUUCUAGUUUUGCAUUCAGUAUUGUGUUGGUGUGCACCUCCAUGUGACUUGUUGGAAGGUGAUGUGGAAUGAUCUGAUGAUUGUAUGAGCCAUUUUUUGUAUAUUGAAAUUGAUCUUUGGACAUGCAUCUCCUUGUGACUUGUUGAAAAACAAGUGUGACAUAAUUCAAUGAAGUAUCACAGUAAUUAUCAGCACACUGUAUAUUACUCAUAAUAAUCCUUGGACAUGUAUCUCUGUGUAUCUUGUGGGUAACCGGAAAUUAUCUGUUGAUUUCUAAAUAUAUUUCCAAUAAACUUUUACAGCAUAAACAAAGUUUUUAUUUCUCUCACUUCCAGAAAUCCCAUUUUCUUUGCUUAAAUAUCAAACUCUAAUCUAUCCAUGACAAAAGUGUGCAUCAAAAGACAUCUGAAGUUGUCAUAUGGUAUAAAUAAGAUUCAAAAUGAGGUUUCAAAUGAAAUGCAUGAUGUACUGUACGUGCUCUUUUCCAUUUGAAGAUCUUAAGAGCAGAGAUCUGAUUAGUGAGAUGUGCUAAUGUUGUUCCACAGUACGGAUUUACUGUGGUCCUUUUGCAAUACCUCCCUUCUAACUUGCAGCCAAUCCUCUCUUAUGGCAACAGAUAUGCAUAAUAGACUAACCGAUUUUAUUUGUUAAAUCUCCAAUUUUCUCAUUUGUGUCUUCCAGUAAACAUCAUGAACAUUUAGGGGGAAAAGGCUGCUGAGUGGAGGACCAGAAGUUGGCGAUACCCCGGAGCGUCCCUCCUCUCUUCCCACUCAGGCAGACCAGCAAGUUUCCACCACCAUGGCUGAGGAAGACUAUGGCAGCUUUGUGGACUGGAACCAGAUGGGCGAUCUGGCCAAGAGCAGCGGGCCCACCAAGGUCGACUGCAAGGACCUGAAGGAGUUCAAACAGAUGGCUCGACAGGGUUACUGGGCCAACAACCACAAACUGCGAGCGCAAGUCUACCAGCAGCUCAUCAAAGCCAUUCCCUGUCGUACGGUCACCCCGGAUGCCGAAGUGUACCGCGACAUUAUGGGCAACGCAGCCUCGAAGAAGCCCUCCUCCCACAUCCCACUUCCAGAGUUUGUGGAUGGCAAUCCUCUGCCGCAGUACUGCCUGAAGGCGGAGGCCGUGGCUUCGGCCCACCAGAUCAUCAGCUGCGUGGCCGCACAGUUCCCGGACAUCUCCCACUGCCCGUCGCUGCCGGCUGUGACGGCGCUGCUCCUGCACUUCAGCGUGGACGAAGCUCAGUGCUUUGAGUACAUCAGCCGCAUGCUGGCCUGCAACGAGCCCGGCAAACGCCUGCUGGACCAGACUUUCCUGGCCCACGAGUCCGGCUGCAUGACUUUUGGGGACCUGGCCAACAAGUACUGCACGUCUGCCCACAAAAUGAUCGUGGCCACCGCCCAGGAUGUGCUGGAGGUGUACUCUGACUGGCAGCGCUGGGUGUUGGGCGACCUGCCUUUCAGCCACAUGGUCAGGGUCCUGGACAUCUACCUCGUGGAGGGCUACAAAGUCCUCUUCCGUGUGGCUUUAGCCUUGCUCAAGUUCUACCGCAAGCAUAAAGCAGAGGGAGGCCAGGCCGCCCCGCAGCAGGACUCGAGCAAAGUUAAGGACGACAUUCAAGCGUUCAUCAAAGGCAUUGGCGCCACCGUCACGCCGGAGAAGUUGCUGGAGAAGGCCUUCUCCAUCCGCAUGUUUAGCCGCAAGGAGAUCACCCUGCUGCAGGUCACCAAUGAGAAGUCCCUGCAGCGGAAAGGCGUCACGGUCAAACAGAAGCGGCGGAACGUGCAACUGGCACUGAACCCCGACACGUUCUCCUCUGAGAUCGUCAGUGCCAAGGAGAUGCGGGACAUCUGGUCGUGGAUCCCUGAGCGCUUUGCCCUCUGCCAACCGCAACUCGUCUUCACCACCUCCACCCACGGUUGCAGCCUGACCAGAUUCUACUCUCACUGUGAAGGCCACGAACCCACUCUGCUGCUCAUCCGGACCACAGAUGGCGAUGUAUGUGGAGCCUUUCUGUCCACAGAUUGGGAGGAGCGGAAGAGAGGAGGCAACAAAUUGAGCUUCUUUGGCACAGGGGAGUGCUUUGUCUUCAGGCUGAAGCCAGAGAUGGAGCGCUAUGAGUGGGUGGUGAUCCGCCACCCCGAGUUAGCCUCCGCCAAAAAGAUUCAGGGCCAGGAGGACACGGCCUCUCAAAACUCCGACAACAACGGCUUACAGCAGCCAGAGAAACCCGUCGGGGACCUAUCGCCCUUCCUCUCCGCCCGCCACUUCAACCUCAACUCCAAGAAUACUUCCAUGUUCAUGGCUGGCAACGUUGACUCCAUCAUCGUGGGAGGAGGCGACGGCAACGCUCUCUACAUCGACUCUGAGCUCAACCACGGCCGCGCUGGCCGGUGCACCACCUUCGACAACCCCCCCUUGUGUGCCGAGAGCUUCCAGGUCUCCCUGCUAGAAGUGUGGGGCUUCCAGGACGCCAUGGCCUCCUAAUACUGUACACACACACACAAGCAUUCCACGUGCAUCCAUGUAGAUCCAUACAGGCAGAGGCUCAUGCGCAUAUUCAUGCACACACAUACUAACAGUUGUAUAAAAGCAGAACAUCUUGAUAUCAAGUGUUAGAGGUGGAAAACAGGUUUGCUAACAGAACAAUGUCCGUCCUACUAAUUCAUAUAUGGUAAACACUUUUUUAUUUAUUAAUGCAGGUAAUCCAAAUUCAACAAUGUGAUAUUUUGUUUGUUUUCUGUUUUAUUUUUGUAGUUACACAUUUGUAUUAUGGUGUGCGAAUUAUUUUAUUGUAUCCAGUAAUAUGAAGAAAGUCCAUAUCCACUGUAGAUGGAGCCAAUAGGAGGUUCUUCUAAGGGUUGUUUUAUGUCCCCUGUGGCGCGUUCGUGCUGAGCUGAAACAUCCGAAUAUCUGGAGGUAAAUUCAGUACUGCCAAAUUUACUAUAACGGCGUAAACAAAUAUUAACCGGGCCACGAGGUGUAAGAUAAAAUGUGUGAAGUCAAAAGUAGAUUUUGUGAGAUCUGUUUUUUCAUGUUGAAACUAAGAGGAACGCAGUGAAGUUCCAGGUCCGCUAAGUUCUCAGUCAAGUCCUAACUCCCCCCCCCCAUCCCAUGCACAUGUGGGAGAUCUGCUUAUGAAUUAAUGUGGUAAAUGUCUGGAUACCAGCGGUGAAUUUGAGUGUUGCCAUUUUGCACAAUAUGUUAACGCUUUCUUUUGAAUUUCUCCUCUUUUUUCUUUAAAAAAAAGUAUAUGAAUCUUCAUGAGAGUACAAAGUACAAACUCUGAACAAAUGUUUUUGGUUUACAAGUAAUGAAGAGAAAUGCAGUUUGCUCAUCCCUCUCCUCUUACCCGUUCCUGCUCCGCCGUCCUUCUGUAGUGUAAAGUCCAAAAUGGUGCCGGGUGUGCGACGUGUCGUUGGAGUUAUACGCCCCGUUUGUGUCUGGAUGUUCAAACUUGUGAGACAUCGAGUGAAUUCAAAUGUAUCUUUAGGUGUGAAAAUACAGCAAUAUGCUGACUGUAGAGCUAGAGACUGGGCCGCUGUUUGUGUUGCUUCUCUGUCCUCGGGAGACUUCUUCAGGCGGUCACAGACUGGGCCACAUGCCUUUAAAGUCCGCUAACCCCCCGUAACACGCUCCACUCCGAGUAGUUACAGCUCAUACGCCUCUUAAACAAAUGUACUGGGAAGUCAUUAAAUUAAAAAAAUACAUUCCGUUGAAAUAGUAUUGUGAAAAUCCAUGUCAUGUUAUUGUGUUCAUUGAAUUGAUUCUGUGUAUUAAAGAUGAAAUCUAAUGCAAACUAUGUUUCCUUCAAAGAAAAACGUGCAUAUAGUAGACACAUUACGAACUAAACACUAGUUUUGAGUUAAAGCUUAAAGGGUCUUAACACCAACUGUGACUCCUAAAUCACUCAUGCACACUUCUAUUUGUGUUCGGUGUCUGUACUUUGUGGAAGCUGACAGCGAGCAGCAUGACUGGAAAUAUUAACAGAUGAGUCAGAUACAUUCACAAAUAUAUACGUAAAAGUCUCCCUCCACAGUCUGCUUCACUGGAUCAUUUAUUUAAUUGAAUUUAUUGUCAAAUUUCUAUCAAUUGUUUCAAUUUGCUGAAUGGGAAAAACUGCAUAGCUGUCAUCUUUAAAUAUAAUGUGUUUUAAAACUG